AUGACGGGUUGGUUGAGCUGUGAAGAGAUUAUGCUACCUCUCAAAGUGCCCAGAAGCACCCAUAAACUAACUUUAUACAGAUACAACAUCUCGGUUUUAACCGAGAGAGCGUUUUCAGCCAAUAGGACCGACAUGGACUUGCGCGCGCUGUCACUGCAGGACAACAACAUCCAGGUGAUCCAAAGUUGUGCGUUUUGUGGACUCCCACGACUUGUUUCCUUAGAUUUAAGUCACAACCGUUUAAGGGUUGUGUGCUCUGAAGCUUUUAAUGGCUUGGAACGGCUACGUCAUCUUAACCUCAGUAACAACUUAAUGACUUUGGGCGCGUGGCAAGUCGCUCCGUCCACGGACAGUUUGUGUAAUCUCCAGAAAUUGGACCUGUCUGGAAAUUGUUUGAAGGUUAUUCCUCUUUCUUGGCUUGGCAACCUCAAUUUAACCACUUUAAUACUCACGAAUAAUUCAAUUGCGACAUUGGAUAAGCACAGUUUAGCAAAACUAAACGAAUUCGAGGGAAUAAAAAUUUACUUAUCACACAACCCGUUCGACUGUAAAUGUGACAAAGUGAAGGAGUUUUAUGAUUGGCUGAAGAACAGCUCCCAAUGUGCAGACGUAACUAGCCUGAAAUGCGCGCAACCAGAAAAGAAGAAGAAUACAUUCGUAAAGGAUCUAGAAAAGAGGGAUAUGGAGUGCCAAAACUUGGAUGCCCGGUCUUAUGUGCUUCUCGGCAUUGUGCUGGCCCUCAUUGGAGUUGUGUUCCUCAUGGUGUUAUAUUUGAACAGAAGAGGCAUCAAGAGGUGGCUCAAUAACAUUAGAGAGGCCUGCCGGGAUCAAAUGGAGGUGUAUCAUUACAGAUAUGAACAGGACUCCGAUCCCAGGUUAGCAAACGUUGCGUUUUAA